GAGUAGACGUCGGCGGUAGUAGCGACUGGCGGCGGCACUAAGAUGGCGGAGGCGGACUACGAGAACGGCGCCGAGGAGUCGCUGAUAGAGGAGCCGCACCGCGGUCUGGAUGAGUCCGGGGACGGCGCCGCCACGGACGGCCUGGACGACUCGGCGAUGAUCGAGGACCCGGAGCUGGAGGCCAUCAAGGCCCGGGUGCGGGAAAUGGAGGAGGAGGCGGAGAAGCUGAAGGAACUGCAGAAUGAAGUGGAGAAACAGAUGAACAUGAGCCCACCACCUUCUGGUCCUGUCAUCAUGUCGGUGGAGGAGCGGAUGGAAGCGGACGCACGGUCCAUUUACGUUGGUAACGUGGACUACGGGGCAACAGCAGAGGAGUUGGAGGCUCACUUCCAUGGCUGUGGUUCCGUCAACAGAGUGACCAUCCUGUGUGACAAGUUCACCGGGCACCCCAAGGGCUUUGCCUACAUCGAGUUCUCAGACAAGGAGUCCGUGCGGACGGCCAUGGCACUGGACGACUCCCUCUUCAGAGGCCGACAGAUCAAGGUGGUGUUGAAGAGGACGAACCGCCCGGGGAUCAGUACCACAGACCGAGGUUGGCCGCGCUCCCGGUUCCGGGCCAGGGCCAGCUACUCCAGCAGAGCCCGUUUCUACAGUGGAUAUGUCCCCCGGCCCCGGGGCAGGGCCUUCAGGGGACGAGGGCGAGCUUCAUCCUGGUACUCCCCUUACUAAUCCUAUGGAGAAAUGUUCCCCCCCUCCUCCACCUCCCCUCUCCCUAUCCCCCCCCCAUCCUUCCCCUCACUCCCUUCAGGAAAAAAAGUCCCAAAAGAUUUAAAAAAAGAACAAGAAAAUUAAAGAAAAGAAGAAAAAAAAAUGAAAAGAAGAAAAAAAAAUACAAAUAUAUAUUAAAAAAAGCCGAGAGGCAGAGGCCGGGGUGGAGCCCCGCCAGGGGAGUGUAUUAGUGGUGACAGUAUUGGUAAGGUGUCGUUGGGCUCCUUCAACCUCCUAUUUACACUGACAUCGGUUUGCUUUUGGGACAAGGCCGUUUUUUUAACUUCUUAUUUCUCCU